UCUAAAAAAAUAUUGCUUUGAAGUUUCUAAAAUCGUAGGAAAAGUUUUUGCCCUUCAACCAACUUGCCUUGAAGUUUCCGUUUCAUUAAUAGAAGUUGAAACUUGGAACUUGUUGAAAUUUCCGUUUCUUGAUUAGAAACUCCAACCAACUGCGCUUUGCAGAACUAAUUUUCCUUCUUUACUCAAAAAUCCCAACAAAACCUAAAAAGAAAAUCAUCUCCUAAUCCAUAUAGAGUUUUUCUCAAUUGCAAAUUCUUGUGUUUUUGUUGCUUUUGCGCAUGGGUUUUGUGCUUUCACUAGUAAAAGUGUAAAGCCCAGUGCUUUUCUUGAUCUACUUGGAGCAAAGGGCUUUUCAGCUAAAUUAAAGCAGAGGUACUGUCUUCCUCUCCUUCUGAAUUUCAGGAGAUAGAGAUUAAUUCUACCUGAUGGGUUUGGAAUUUUAAGAGUUGUAAUGCUUCAGUAUCAGUCCUGAAAGCAAUUUUUAAGGUUUCUAGUAGCUUAUAUAAUCUUUUACUGUACUUUUUGUGCUUGAAGACUUAAUAAAGAUUUUACUUAGGGGAGCUAUUUAGGAUGUUGUACCUAUAAUUGUGGUGAAACAGGUUUGGCUUUUUUAGUUGUCAUGGCUACUAAUGGCAAGAGAAACCGUCUUAAAGCGGGGGCUUUGCGCCAAUUUGUAUCUCUAGCUCUAGUCACAUUAUUGGGGGUUUUGCUAUUUAUUGUUUUGCUUGGAACAAAUUCAGUUUCAAAAUUUGUGACACGGUCUUUAGGUGAAACUUAUAAGGACUUGAGACCAAAUUGUAAUCAUUCAUAUUAUGGAGAACUACUCGAUCUUCCCAAACAGACUGAAUUGUCAAUUCAAUUAGAGAAGCUUAACCAGUUGCCACCAAGGAAUAGAGAGUUAUAUCCAAAGCUAGCCAAGGAUCAUAUAACCAUUGUUCUAUAUGUUCAUAAUAGGCCCAAAUAUCUCCAAGUAGUUGUUGACAGCUUGUCGAAGGUUGUCGGGAUAAGUGAGACAUUACUUAUUGUUAGCCAUGAUGGGUACUUUGAAGAAAUGAACAAGAUUGUUGAAAGUAUCAAGUUUUGCCAGGUCAAACAGAUAUUUGCCCCUUACUCGCCCCAUGUGUUUCCCGAUAGUUUCCCUGGUGUUGCUUCUGAUGAUUGCAAGGAAAAGGAUGACGCAGCAGAGAAACAUUGUUUAGGAAAUACUGAUCAAUAUGGAAACCACCGAUCACCAAAGAUAGUGUCACUAAAGCAUCAUUGGUGGUGGAUGAUGAACACAGUAUGGGAUGGAUUAGAAGAGACAAAGGGGCAUUCAGGUCAUUUUCUUUUCAUCGAGGAGGAUCACUUCAUUUUUCCUAAUGCAUAUCGCAACUUGCAGAUCCUCACAGCAUUGAAGCCUCUAAAAUGUCCAAAUUGUUACGCUGCAAAUUUAGCACCUUGUGAUGUGAAUUCAAGAGGAGAAAAUUGGGAUAGUUUAGCAGCUGAGAGAAUGGGAAAUGUGGGCUAUUCCUUUAAUCGAACUGUUUGGAGAAAAAUUCAUAUGAAAGCAAAAGAAUUUUGUUUCUUUGAUGAUUAUAAUUGGGAUAUAACAAUGUGGGCAACAGUUUAUCCCUCAUUUGGUGGUCCUGUUUACACUCUACGUGGGCCAAGGACAAGUGCUGUUCAUUUUGGGAAGUGUGGUUUGCAUCAGGGUCAUGUGGAGAAAAAUGCUUGUAUCGACAAUGGUGUGGUAAAUAUUGCAGUGGAAGAUAUUGACAAGGUGGCAAACAUCAAUUCAAAGUGGAAAGUGCAUGUUUAUGAGCAUCAACCAGGGUAUAAAGCUGGGUUUAGGGGAUGGGGUGGCUGGGGGGAUGACAGAGACCGCCAGCUCUGCUUGAAAUUUGCUGACUUGUAUCGCUCCACCAACUCUAUAUCAGCUACCCAGAGAUCAGAUUUUGUCUCUACCAACUGAAGAUUGAGUUUUGCCAUUUGAAGCCGUCUCAUUAUUGCCAGUGAGUUGUUGAGCAAUUCAAAGGAAGGACAAGUAGAUGUGUUGUAUGUUUGUAAUAUCUUGUAGCUUAUCAUGCCGCUACUUAACUACGUUGCUUGACUGAAAACAGAUCUUAGUUGUUAUUUCCUCGCAUUUGUUUUACCAUGAAAUUUUUGAGCUUCUACUAUUAUAUAUUCAUUAGAGAAAUAUAGUUAGUAUUUGGAAAUGUAGCAUAAUAACUAUUUAAUUCAUGCUCAGUUGAUUUUGCCUUUUGGCGGUGUACUAAACCAAUAACAUAGUGUAUUAUGUGAAUUGCAGAAGGAAUUACUUUCCUUUGUGUU